AUGGACUGGGAAGAGGAUGGGCCUCUGCGUGAUGAAAAACGCGCUGGUCUCUUCCGUCAGAGCUCGGGGUUGCUCCGCUCCGCGGUGACGACCUGCCGCCAGUCCGCGACCGCGACCGCGACCACGGGGUACCUGUACGGCGACUCGGUCCUGGACUUGGGACUCCAGCGGGAGAUCCUCGGUUUCUACCACAAGCUCUAUUAUACCAAAAACGCGCCGGCCAGGAAUGUGGCUGUGAACAUCGCUGCGAAUUUCGCUUACCUUCUUCGACAGGAAGUGGCGAUGAAGCUUUGCGUGAUGACCCAGCUGGGCUUCCUCCAGGAUUCGCUCAUCUCAUUGCAGAACAUACUCAACUUCUACACUGCCUCAAACGCCGCGACGGUCUUCUUCCCGUGCUGGGACGAGAAGGUCGCCGAGGUGUCCGCCAGCGGCGACUGCGAACACGACGAACGCGAAUGGUGGGGAAGAGGCGACGAUCGUCGCUGGUUCAACUGAACAUCCGCGGACGCCGUCCGGUGCCGCUCGAGUCGCUUCCGCCGGUCAGAAUGCGAACUUUCAUUCGUUUUACAGGUGCCAAAGAGACCCAUGAAGCAUUGACUCGGAAUGAAAACGGAUCAUCCACGAUUUUCCACUAUUAUUAUUCCCACAGUUUUUGCUCAAUGUACCCUGCACUUCCAAGCGCAAUAAAAUUUUUCGAUAGAC